AUGCGCGAAAGUCUGAGGCGCCUAGCGUCAGACGAAGGCACCAGCAUGAUUGGUCUUCGGAAGACGGGGACCGCUCGGGUUCGAGUCGAGAUGCUGAAUGGAGAGCAUAUUACCCUGGAUAUUGAUCGCAAAGCUCGUGGCGCUGAUCUGUUGGACAAAGUAUGCGAUACCCUGGAUAUUCUGGAAAGGGAUUUCUUUGGUCUUCUGCACACGCAACGCGGAGACCCACGCAUCUGGGUGGAUCUAGGGCGACGUUUGUCUAAGACUUUCAGAAAUGAACCAUGGGACGUUCGACUAGCGGUGAAGUUCUACCCACCAGAGCCCUCUGAAUUGCAAGACGACGUUACGCGUUACCAACUGAGUCUUGCUGUCAGACGAGAUUUGGUAGAAGGUAGACUGUCAUGCUCCCAAAUAACAUACGCGCUGCUGGCCUCGUACGUGCUCCAAGCGGAGUUAGGAGACAAGCAGGGCCUGGUGAGCAGCUCGUCUCUUUGCGAACACAGCGCGAUACCGAUUCACGCCCUCAAUGAUAUCCAGCAGGACAAUAUUGAGCAGUUGUACGCUAAGCACAGAGGCCAAACCCCAGCUGAAGCGGAACUUAAUUACUUGGAAAACGCGAAGAGGCUACCUCUGUAUGGCGCUGAAGUUCACAAUGCGAAAGAUUCGGAGGACGUUGACAUCAGCAUCGCUGUGUCUGCUUCGGGAAUCUCAAUACUGAGAGAUGGAAUAAUAAUGAACCGGUUUCCCUGGACGAAGAUUCUCAAGAUCAGCUACAAUAAGCGACUUUACACGCUGCGCUUGCGUCCCAGCGAGUUCGACGAAUUCGAAACACACCUGACCUUUCGGCUAUCGUCCUCUAGAGCUAGCAAGAGGUUAUGGCGCUGCAGUGUAGAGCAUCACAUAUUCUUCCGACGCGAAACUCCAGUGAAAGUGGAGCGCAUAUCGGGAUUUCCCCGUUUGGGGUCGAGACGUCUGUCCUGUCGGAGGACGCUACGACAACUGCGAUCCGAACCGCGCGCAGCAGAGCUUCUACCCGCGUGA